CAGCAUCUCAAUUGGCAAAUUGUCACAAUUAUGUCAACAUCAUUUGUUGAAACCAGCAAUUUUCGGACAAAAUCACUUUAAAAAUUAUCAUAUCGACCGAAGUACAUGCACUUUUUUUGUAAAUCAGUCCAUAUAUUUAUUUUCAUAUGUAACUAUAAUGGGCGGUAAAACGAAGCAGAGCCAACGAACUAAGAACAAUGUUCGACCUUCAAGCAGCGGUCGGAGCGCAGAACUAUUAAGUAAUACUAUUAAAGUGGACCCAUCAUUUGGAGUCUUAGGCCAAGGCAAGCCUCUACCGGUGCUUUUCUCAACUUUAGGUGUAUCCAAUAUUGACCUAGGCCUCAGCCCUGAAUACUCAGUAUGUUUCAAGAAGCUUAAUAAAAAGGAUCCAAUUACUAAAACAAAGGCUCUACAGGAACUAACUGAACUGGUAAAGAAUAGCAAUGUCGAUGAAGUGGUAGCAGCUUUACCGAGCUGGGCUCACUUCUACCAAACUUUGAUCAUUGACAGUGAUAGGAGAGUGCGGGAAGCGGCUCAGCUGUGCCACGGCGCGCUGGUGGCGGCGAGCGGGCGGCGCGCGGCGCCCCAGCUGCGGCGCCUGCUGCCGGCCUGGCUGCUCGCGCGACACGACGACCACGCGCCCGUCAGCGCGCAGGCGCACGCGCAGCUCAAGAUGACUUUUCCUGAGAACAAAUUAGGAGAAGCAAUCUCGUUCUGUAAAUCUGAAAUCAUGACAUUACUCAUUGACAACCUCACGGGCAAUGCAGAAGCUAUGCUCAGUAAAAAACUCGACAACCCCGAGGAACGUGAAAUUCAAAUCGUGCGCGUUCUAUGCAGCAGCUUGAGAGCGCUGGAUUUAUUUUUAACCGAACUCCCGGAAGUUCAUAAUGACUGGCUGUGGGACGCGAUAGGGCCGCUACUGCAAGCGAAUACUUUUUGGAAGCUGGCCGCGCAUCAGUCGCAAAAUAUCAGGCCGAGGUCUCGGCGACAGGGCGGCGUGGUACGGCGCGGCGGGGCGCGCGGUUGGGGCGCGCGCGCGGCGCGGGCGCUGCUGGCGCGCGCCGAGGGCGGCGCCGUGGCCGCGCAGCGCUGGGCCGCGCUGCUGCACGUCAUGCACCGCCGGGAGGAAUGGCACACGUGGCUGGAUAAAAAAGAUCUACUCAUGAAACGACUUCUGGAAGUUAUCGAAAACGGCGGAUGGGGAGACGCUCGGCUUUUGUCUAAUAUGUUGCUGCCGUUGUUAGCUAAGUUACCGGCUGAUUUGAUCACCAAGGACUUCUAUAUAGCAUUCUUCAGCGCAAUUUUCACUGGAUUUAACAACAAAAUACUAAUAAGUUCGAAAAGUGAAAGACAGACAUGGAUAAAUAUUCUAGAAGAAUGUCUUAGAUAUUUGUCAAUUCAGCAACACGAAUACGUCAUAGAAGUAGUCACUUUCGUACAUCGAACUUGGCUUGAAAAAAUAUUCGAAUAUACAGAUAUGCAAGUGAAAAAUCAUUUGAUAAAACAUUCGUCAACAACUAUGGCAUCGUUGGUCAAGUAUUGGCUCAAACAGACCAAACAAGAAAACAGUGAAAAAUACGACCAACUCAUAAGGAAUUUCUGGUUGAACAUUGGCUCAACGAUAACUGCGCAGAUAGACAAAUUAACGGUCGAAAGAGAUGAUAUUGUGCAAAUGAUCGAAUCACAUAUACUUCUAUUGCAAACUUUGAAGACAGCUUUUCUACAAGAAGGCAAAAAGCAACAUCACAUUCAGUUUGCAGAUCAAAAGAUGCCGGACGCCAAAGAUCCGCCUCCAGCUGUAACGGAGCAGUGCGACGUCACUCUAGUAGAAAGGUUCAACCACAACUUAAACGACGUGGUGGAGAGCACGUGCUGCAAAUACUUCGCCUUCGCGCACGAGAAACAAGUCUCUCAAGCUGUCUUCACGUCUUUGAUCACGCUAAUGAUAAAGUUUGAAAGUAAGAAUUUAUUCCUGGCGCUAGCGAGACACUUCAAUCAAAAUUCAGUUUAUGGAUUGUACGAUUCCGUGUUGAGGAAUUGGUUAGCCGGCGACACUAUGAGAUGUAAAGCGCUCGUAGAUCUCAUAUUCAUUAUUCUUAAAUAUUUAUCCGAAGAAGAACAAGAUGGAAUGUUCAAGUCUUUUCAACAGUUUCCUCCAUUUGUGGUGGAAUGGUGUAUAUCGAGGACUCUGUCGCACCCGCACUGCUCGUCGGCUGCGGGAAAGAGAUGGCUUCGCGGCGACGUCGUAGAGGCCAGCGUGGUCGCACUGUGCAAGCGAGAGGAAGACAGCGAUGCGGACGACAUGCUUCUAAAGUGUCUCAGUCCCGACGAUACGGGGGAGGCGGCGCUGAGCGAGCGCGGCGUGGCGCGCGUGGUGCGCGCGCUGAGCGCGGCGCCGGCGAGCGCGCGCGCGGCGCGGGCGGCCGCCGCGCUGGCGCCCUGCGCGCUCGCGCUGCCGCUGCUCGACGCGCUGUUCCGCCUCUCGCUCGAGCGCCCCGCGGGCGAGGCCGGCGCGGCGGCGCGCGGGGCGUGGAGCGGCGCGCUGGCGGCGCUGCCGGGCGGCGCGCGCGCCCGCCUGCUCGCGCUCGCGCGCGCCGCGCUGCACCGCCACGUGCACUCGCGAAAACUUUUACAACUUUACUUAUUUAAAAAUGUAUCUUUACCGAUAUCAAAACCGUUAUCUUUCAGCACGGAUGAACUAGAUAUGAAAGGUAUCGAACACGCCGCGUCUUUGUGUCCAUAUCUCUUUUUAUCUGGACUAAAUAAUUCUCCCGAAAAUGCCGGCGAAAUAGUAUCCCAUACCAAAGAGCUGUUCGAGAUGCAAACACAGAGACCCGAAGUGCCCAUUGAAGUGUACGCCUUGAGGUGCGACUGUAUAGAAGGAAACAUCAAUUGUCCUUUUGAAAAUGAAAAUGAAUUCAUCGAAAGAGUCGUCAGAGAUUCAGAUAAGGAACACGAGGAGCUUAUGAAAAAGGAUCUCAUCUUGUACCUCAACGAGAGUUUGUUUCGCGCUUCCUUUUUGAGAGCUAUUCUAUCAAAGAACGCAGUGUCGGAUGAAGACGAUGAUGAGACCGAAUCUUGGUGCGAUGUGCUGUUGAGAGAGGAGUAUUUCAAAGCGAAAUUGAAUCGGGUGCUCUACGAAUAUGUGGUUCUCAACGUGCUUUACGAGAAAUAUGCUUUCUGGCCUGAUUAUGAAGUAAUAAAAGAAAGUAAAGAACGAAUGGAGAACUUAAUAGAAGAUAUUUUAUCCGAGAUCACACCGGAAACAAAGAAUGUCGUCAUGUCAUACAUACACGAGAAUGCGAUCACAAAAGGUUACUACUGGUCGUAUGCUAAGAAAUUAUUCGUCGUUAAAAUGAAUAAAAUAGCUCACGAGAUUCGCGAAAGUGAAAAUGAAACGCCCGAAAGUCAAUUAAGCUUCGACGAUAGACUAGAAGAGAGUAAAGUUUGCGAUGAGAAAAGUGAAAAAGAGGACGAUUCUGAAACUACAAAUAAAACUCCCGAAAAUGAAAGUAACGAAUAUCAAAACGUUAUCGAAAAUUUAGAUAUAUCUAAAUUGGAGGAAAUGAUCACUGGAAGUGGAUUCUUCCACAGUUUGCAGGCCGACGCGGCUCCGAGCGAGCAGUCGCGCGCGCUGCUGAUGCUGCGCAGCGUGUGGCGCGCGCACGCGCACGAGUGCGCCGCGGCCGCGCCGCCCGCCGCGCCCGCCGCGCCCGCCGACGUCGUCAUCGACCUCUACUACCAGCACAACCACAUCAUGCUCUACGAGACGGACCUGACCGCGGCGCCGUGGAGCCAGAUCGUCAGCAACGCGGCCAUCGUGCGGUUCCUGACCGAGGGCGUGCGCGCGCGCGGCUGGGAGCUGGGCGCCCACCAGUGGGACUUCACCACCAUCACGCUGUGCUCGCUGGUCACCUCGCUGCGACUCAGCGCGCAUCGCUGGUGGUGCUGCAAGGUGGCGAUCGUGGCGCGGGCGGUGCUGGAGCUGUUCGGCGUCGUGCACGAGUUCGUGCGCGGGGUGCGCGCGGAGGCGGAGCGGCGGCAGCCGAGUGCGCACGUGCUGGCGCUGCCCACGGAGUGGGCGGACAUCUUCGCGCCAGACUUGAAUAAAAAUCUAUUCGAAUUACUAAUGAUAAUGCUUAAGCAAGACGGCAGUGCGAUGACGUCGUGCCGCGUGUCGUCGCUGGGCGCGCUGGCGGCGUGCGGCGCGCGCCUGCAGUGGGAGCGCGCGCCGGCCGCGCUGUCGCUGCGCGCCGCGAGCGCCGCCGCGCUGGCCGCGCUGCGCGGCGUGGCGCACCCCGCGCUCAAGUACCUCGCCUUCGCCGCGCUCGACCUGCUCGCCGAGCCGCUGGUGCUGCACGACGCCGAAAAGCUGGCGGAGUGGUGCGGUCGAGAAGACGAUAGUCCCCGGCCAGAGUUUACUCUCACCUACUAUGACGAAACUUUGGUUCACCUCCAGGACCUCGUCGACGCUGCGUUGUCGAAUAUAAACGUGUGUGAGGGCACUUGCGAGAUGGUGGCGCCCUCCGACAGUCACAGCGUGGCGCUCGGUCAUCAGCUACUGGCCGUCGCGCUGCUGCGCCACUGUGCUCGCGCGCGCGGGGACCUCGCGCAGUUCUACAUCGAGCUGCUCAGAGAGGGCGCGUACGCGGCGGGGCUGAUGUCGAGCUGCGUCCGGCUGCUGCCCGCCGACGUGCUCCGCGCCGCGCUCGAGGGCACCGAGCGACCGGCGCUGCCGGCGCGAUGGCUGCGCUGCUUCCGCGAGCUGCCCGCCCUCGACGUUUACAAGCGCUGCGACGGCGAGACGGUGAGCGCGCUGGCGUGCCUGGUGCUGGCGGAGACGCUGGGCGGCGCGGCGGCGGGCGAGGCGCGCGGCUGGUGCGGCGCGCUGGGCGUGCGCGCGGCGGGCGCGCUGCGCCGCGUGGUGCGCGCGGCCGUGGCGCCCGCGCUGCGCCGCCGCCUGCUGCUGCAGCUGCGGGACCGCGCGCACGAGCUGCCCGACUCGCAGGUCACCAUCCAGUGGUCUCGCGCCGAGGUGCGCUGCGAGCUGGAGCUGGAGGAGCGCACGCUGGAGCUGACGGUGCAGUUUGCGGAGGAGCACCCGCUGGUGCCGCCGCAGGUCACGGCGCCGCCGAACUCGCCCGCGCCCGACACGCAGUGGAUCGUGCUCUACCUCGCCUACCAGAACGGCACGCUGCUGAACGCGCUGAAGAUGUGGAUCAGCGCGGUGACGGCUCGCGUGCAGAGCUCCCCGCAGUGCUACAUCUGCUACUGCCGCAUGCACCCGUCGUCGGGCCGGUUGCCGACCGUGCCGUGCCACCAGUGCCGGAACAAGUUCCACUCGCCUUGUUUGCGUAAAUGGUUCUCCACGAGCAACAAGUCAAAUUGUCCUCUCUGUCGUACGAAGUUUUGAUAAGCCCCAUCGAAGGUCGAGGAUCUUCGGCUCAAGCGAUCUCAGUACAAUGCGGCUGCAGAGCGCAUGCGCGUAAAUCGUCAAGCACUCAAACUUCAGUUAACUAUAAACCAAAUACAUCAUCGAAUUUUUGUUUUGUAUUUGUAAAACUAUUUGUUUGGUAUUUGUGAUAACAUAACCACUAACAAAUAAAAUAAUUUAGUAAGACCCUCUAUAAACUGUUUGAAACCAUGGAAGAUUGUCACCGUGAUGUUUAAAACAUGUCUAUAAACAUAUUUGCCAUUUGUUUUCCGAGUGUUUUGUUUAAUGUUAUCAUUAUGCAAUCAAUAUCAAUCAAGUAAAAGAAUAAGAGGAGUAUACAAUCCUAAGAUUGAUAAAGGAAAUCCGUAUUUUUUUAUUAUUCUAUGUCGCUUAGGAAAAUUUUUAUACAAAAAAUUAUUAAAGGAUAACAUAUGUCUAACAAUUUUUUUUAUUUCGAAAAUUUAGUAGACAUGGUCAUAAUCACUUUAUUAAAGGAACAUAUCAUCGCAUUUACACUAUUAAUGAAAUUAUAAAUAUAUAUAUAUUUUUAAUCUUGAUUUUUUUUACCGAAUUGCGAACGCGCCAUAAACUGGCCUUAGUUAUUAUCGCACGACCACUUGUGGCUAAAUUCAGCUCAGCCUUCUUCAAAAUACGUAAUAUAUAUUUAACGAUUUGUUUUAAAAGUAUUUUUUUUUUAAAUAAUAAAAUCAAAAAAUUGUAAAAACAUAUAUGUAAGUGAAGAUAUCCCAGAGAAGUUUGUAAUAUUCGAAAUUGUCCAAAGCGAUUUUACUUGACUGUCGAUUCAGACAAGAGCGCAAUUUAGUCGCUGUUAUCAGUGUUUAUCAUUAUAUUAUAUUAUGUCCAAGCCAAUUUUUUAUGUCCUAACAGGCCACGUAUCCAUUUUGGCAGUGAGACAUGCUAGCGCCAAUUAGACAAAAAUGAGCAAACUUGUGAGCAAUUAUUCACUUUUUUUAGAUUCAAUUAAUUUACAAUUAGUGCAAAGACAUCAUUAAUAUUGGUUGUUUGUUUCAUAAGUUAAUAAAAAAAUAACUUUCAUAAAGGUUGUAAUUGAUUAGAAAUAUAACAAUUUUUACUAUUUUCUACUGUUAAGAUGGUAAUAAGCUUUGAAUUAAAAUAAAAAAAUCACAUUCAAGUUGACACAUAAUUUAUUUUUUUAAUGGCCUUCA